AUGGGUAUUAAGAGCGACCCCAAAGCUAAACAAGCAACAAGCGAGCAAGUUCGCCUUGCACGUCUAACUUUAGAGGGACACUCAGCUGACGAUGAUUCGGCUAACAUUCAAAAGCUGAUCAAAAAGGUUUUCUAUAGUUUUUUAACUUAUAAAACAUGAUUGAUUUCAAGGUAAUCGAAACGACCAGAUGCUCUCAAGCUCAGGCAGAAUUGGCAUUGUACGAUAAUGAUAAUGAUCUCGCCUCUGCCAUAGAACACAUUUUGGAAAAUGAACACAUCGAAUCGUGGACAGAACAGAAAAGCAACAAAAAAGAGAAGAAAAAGGAAGAAGAUCGUGGGAUUCGCGGAUUUGCUCCACGAGGCCGAGGUUUUUCUUGCAAAUUUACAUAUUUUUAUUCGUUCUCCGUUUUCUAGGCGUCUCGGGAAGCGAUCGCGGUCGGGGAAAAUCUAAUGGAGUUGCUCGAAGUACUACCCGAGAUGCUUCUGCUGGGAAUAAUGUGGGCCAACAACGAGAGACUCGAGAGGUCCGAUCUGGUAACGAUCGCUCAAGCGGCCGCGGUGGAAGAGGAGCUGGUCGUGGAGGUUACACGAAGAACACUCCUGUGGCCGAACCUUCUCGAGCAGCCGACGUUACCAACGAAACGGUUUUCAAUCGCUUUUGUAUGGUAUAUAAUAAUCACUUUUUCAUUAGAAGCCGCUUGAUUCGAAACACAUAGAAGCUUCUGUUAAUGAAGUACAACCGAGUGCUAUUGGUUCCACUUCCAUCACUGUGCCGACUAACGCUGCGGCUCCAGGCCCCAUUUCAUUCGCUGCGGUCGCUGCUGCUGCUCAACGAAAAGAAGAACUGCGGAAGCAGCAACAAUAUCAGCCUCAAGUGGUUCCAGUCCGUCGUAGCGUUUCACCUGCACCACCGCCGCCAAUUGAUGAAUAUCAUUUUGAAGAGCCAGAGUCUUCCCACAAUACUGACGUGGAAAACGACCAAAGCUUUUAUCAAAGGUAUUUUCAGUCACUUUCUUGUCGCGCAAAACUAUGUUGUUAAUAUCAGAAUCAAAGUUAACUGGAUUUUUCAUUUCGAAAGCUGUCAUGCAAAUGAAAGAAAACAUCAGCAUGAGCUUUUCAAUGAGGUAGAGCGCAUGAUUAAGAAAAAAAUUUUUGGCCCCAUGUGUCGCAAAAAUUUUUAGGAUUAUUUCUGAGAAUUGAUUUUCUGUUUUCAAACAAUGCAUGUCGUUUCCAUGAAACAUGUCGUAGCUGAAAAACUGAAUUUUUUUUUUCGUAAUUGCUCAGGUACUAGUAGAGAACGUAAAGAUUUCCUGUUAUAUUCAUAGAUUGGCAAGUACAGAACUCAUUCAGCCCAAUAGUAAAUUUUGGCUUACGAGCAUUUAAAAAAAAUUGAAAAUAAGAUCAAAUUUCAACUUCAGAGAGGUAGUUUUGCGACAUGUAUACAAUUUUUAGCCUCAGAGAGGAAAUUUUUUAUUUUUACCUUUACUUCAAAAAAAAAAAAAAGGGUCUUAUUCACGUUUCAUAUAUGUUUAAAGCUUUUUUGGAGAAGUUUUUGAUCAAGCAGCUUUCAAGGAAACAUGAAUAUGUUCGGUUUUCAUGCGCAAAAAUUGUUAUCUAUGCUAGAAAUGUUAAUUUUCAUUUAUUUAAACUGACGAGGUUUGAAUGCUUCUCAGAGUCUGCAGAGAAAAAUAAACAUAAAUAAAGUAUGUUAAUGCCAAAAUCAAAAUUUUAUAUUAAACGAUCAGGGGUGUGAAUCAGAAAUUUUUUAUGCUUGAACUAAGUCAUACUAAGAUAAUUCGAAAUUGAAAAACCCCUAAACGCUGGUUGAUUAAAAAGUUCUGGGGUCUCUUAUUCUGAAAAAAAAGGUAAGUUUUGCAUGUUGCGACUUCCUGGAUCUUUACUGAAUACACAAAGAGUAAGCAGGUUAUGAGAGAACUUCACAGAGCCAAUAAAAUACCUUCCAUAUUUUGCUAAGGACGAGAAAAGUUGCAUUCAGUUUUUCCUAUUUACUUUAUUUUUGUGAAUAAAUCAUUCAUAUUUCAAAAAAGUUUUGAAACUUUUCUCGAUGAUCAUUUUUUGCGUUCUAAUUGACUAUAUUCAAGACAUCUUUCUCUAUCGAAUCGAUUGUUCUAUUGUUAUGAGUUCAAAGUAUAUAUUUUCAAAAAUUCUUUUUUCUUUUGACUCUAAUGGAAAUAUUUUCAUGAAAACCAUUAACUUUAGUGAACCGUCUGUGGCUGCCGAAGAACAACCAGCUCUUCAUGCUAUCGAUGAACCUUCGGUCGUUUCUAAUGCAAGUAUACAAGCGAACAAUGUGUGGACGAAUCAACUAAAAACGGAGCUUGGCAUCGGACUAUCAGAAGCAGCUUCUAUCAGCAGUAAAGUUUUGGCAUCACCUGUGCAACCGAACAAUUCGAUUCAGUCAUUUGUCGACUCUGGUAAAUUUCGAGAAAACUUUUUUCAAAGAAAAAAAAAAAUUACAGUUGGAGUUGAGUUCGUUGAUGCAGCCCCUGCUGGUUUGGCAGAUUACUCUUUUGGUUUUGUUGAUAUCCCACCAGCACCUGUGGCUUCAGCGGAGACUUCAGUUACUUCUAUUUCAAACAGUGCGGCGGACAACUUGUUCAACAGCAGCCGGAUAUCUGCCACAAGCUCUCAAAAACAUAUUGAGGUAAGAUAUACUUGUUAUUUUCUCGAUAAUUUACAUUUCCAUUAAAGCCAGAACGAGGACCGCUGACGAAUGGAGACUUCAAUCUCAAAACUUCGUCACCUCCACAGUCGUACAGCUCGAACAAUCGUUCCCUGUCGUACGCGGAUACAUCUUCAGUUUCCUACACUCCUAACGAUCGAAGUUUGGGAUCGAAGCCGCAGCAAUUACAUCAAGGAGUUCAACUACCAACGCAAACACAGCCUUCUCAGCAGCCUCACCAAUCGCAACAACAUCAGUCCCAACCAUCGCAACAGCAGCAGCAGCAACAACAACAGCAGCAGCAGCAGCAACAACAACAGCAACAUCAACCCCAACAAACAUUGAUGUUCCCUCCACAAUUAUCUUAUUCGUAUCCAUAUAUGGGCAUGUACAGUCCAGUUACCGGAAUGCGCUCUGACGAUCAUUAUGCUGCCUUGAUGCAAUAUGGAAUGGGCGUCGAUCUCUCCAAUCUCUCGACAAUCCUCCCUCAGUCAACACAAAUGUCUCAGACUGCUCCCAGCCAACAACUACCGUCCGGGCAACAUCGAAGUGAUUCUCACAACUUGAUGGAUCUUAAUAAGUUUGGCUCUCAAAGCUCGCGGGAACAACAACAGCCUUCGAACAUUGCGCCGCCGCCUGGUUUCACCACAAAUCCGACUAAUCCUUACAUGGGACAGCCGACUUUGUCGUCAUUGUUCAUGCAGCAGCCGUAUCCAGCAGCAGCAGCAGCUCCACCUUUUGGCUUCAUGAACAUGAUGCCUACCGCGCUGAACACGACCGCGGGAGGUCGACAAAUGUACGCUCAAGAAGAGGAGAGAAAGUCGUACGAUAAAAUGUCAUCGAAGCAGCCACCACAACAAAGCCAACAAUCGUAUCACCAUAAUGGUGGAAACCUUGGUAUGUACGGAAAGAAGCAGUACAACUGGAGUAAUUGACACCGGUUUCUGAAUUUCUCAGUCUGCAUGUUUCUUGGUAAUAAAAUGAUCUGUUUUACAUGUUGUUAUUCCUUGUGGAUUUCUUUCCAUCGUAAUAUUUAUUGAAACGUAAUAAUAAAUGUAAAAAUUUUUCAACGAGUUUUAAGCUAUUCGAAAAUGGCAGCAUCUACAUUAGUAAUUGGAGCAACUACAACAAUGGGGAAAGCAAUUGUUAGGCGGUUAGCGUUCUCUGGUUACAAGGCUCGUUUCAACAUUUCUUUACUGUCCAAUGUUUAAUCCUUUGAGAGUCAGCACUAGAAAAAUUUGAAGAAUGUAUAGAGGAGAGUCUCAUUUUGAUUUGACAUAAAGGGAUUUUUUUUUUGAUUAGCACCGAGUUUUAGCCUUGUUCCUAGUAAGUCCACGGAGUGCAAAUUAUCUUUCAGUGAGUGAAAAGAUAACUCAAUUUUGGAGUGUCAGGUAAUUUUUAAUUUCGUGGUACCUACUGUGAACACGGAAUCAGCGGUUUUUUAUCAAAUAAUCUGAAUUUUUUAAUAAAUUUACUCCACUAAAACUUUGUCUGCAAGCCAGGGGAAAAAAAAAAGUUGAAAUAAAAGAGAAGAGACUAUGUGUGAAUAAAAAAAGUUUUAUUUCCUGUUAUUUCUAUUCUGAUUUGCGAUGAAUCAAUGAAAAACAGCGAUUCGAAUGAAGAGAAUAAGUUUUUGCAGUUGUUUUGAGGAAUAAAUCUGUUUUCAAUUUAUAAUUUUAAAAAAAGAUAGGUGGCAGCCGCUGGUGAAUGUCCUGAUGCCGUUGGGAAAGUGGCAGAGGACAACAAGAAGGUUUGGCAUCAAUGUUCUUUUCGAAGGCAACCAUUCAGGUCGGAGGCGACGUCACAGCGUUCUCCGUCGAUGUCACCAAAGCGGAGUAUAGGAAAGAACUAAUUGAAAAGGUUAAAAAAACAUGUAAAAAAAAUCUGCUUUUGAUGAAAAUUUUCUCGAUGACGACGAUGACACUGGAUUUUGAUUUAGAAAAAAAAAGAAUAACUUACCUGCAGUUGAACUUCAUAUUAAAGGUUGUCGAACACCUGGGAGGUCUUGACUCUGUGAUCAUUGUUCCACCGCAAAACAAAUCGGUUGGCGAAAUCGUCUCGUGCACAUCACUACAGUUCGACAAGGCAUUUUUGUGUUUAUAAUAAACUUCAACGUUAGCAUAGCUUAGGUUUUUGAAGAUUACUUGUCGGUCCCGUUCCGGAUAGCUCAAAGUUCGAUUCCUGCUCUUGCAAAGUCAAAGUCUGUGUAUCUGAUUCGUCUUUCCACUGAGGCAAGUUGUAGGAACGGCAGCGUGGUGUUCAUGACGUCUUCAAUUGGAUACACGCCAUCUUUGGACAUGGGCAUUUUCUCGGUGGCCGCCAACGCCGUUCUCGGUCUCACUAAAGCCGUUGCCCAGGCCGCCGCUGUCCACAACGUCCGCGUAAACUCUGUUGUUUGCGGCAUGGUACGUUUGUAUCGUUUGAAUAGAAAAAUGGCUUUUUUUCUGAUUAAAAAAACAAAAAAAUUGAUUCAAUAUGAAUUAGAAUUGUUGAUAAGUUACAGCUCUAACGGAGAAAUUGUGGAAUAACGAUUGUAGGAUUCCGAAUUCAGCUGAAAAUGGUGCUCAUUUAUUUAAUAAACUUUCUUUGCACGUUUUCGACAGGCUUAAUCUUUUAUCCCAUGGCGUUCACUUUUUUGAAAAUUCUUUCCUCUAGACAUGAUUCCCUUCCCUCUAAACUUAUCCUCGAUGACACCUCACUAAUUUUUUGGUGAAAAAAGAAGAGAUGGAAAUAAAAAAAAAGAAUUUUUGAUCAUGAGCUUGAAGAAUUGCAUAAACAAAAGGCUUUUCAGGUGGAAGGCGAUGGAACCAGUGCUUUAUGGGACAAUGCGACCGGCGAAGAUGCUCAGAAGCUCCGGCAACAGUUGGAGGUAAAUUUCUCUUCUCAUAAGAUCUUUGAAAGUUUGAGUUCAGUCGAUGAUUCCGAUCGGGCGUCUCGGACGACCUUCCGAUGCAGCUUCUUUAGCAGAAUUUUUAAUUUCUUCGAAAGCGAGGCAAUUUUUUAAUUUUUUGUUUACCUCGCCGUUUGUUGAAGCUCAGUUGAUUUUUGAAAAAAUUUUUUGACUGGCAGAAGGGUAAACCAUUAAAUUUCAUCAAAUUUCCUACAACCAAUGUGAAAGGCCUCUUAGUAAUAAUAUUCAGAAGUUAAAUUUCCCAUUUUUUUUUUCUUGGAGUUGAUUCAUGGUUUAGUUCUAAUUUCGAAAUUCAUUUGUUAAGAUAAUGGGUUUGUAGAUAAUUUAACAAAUAAUACUAUUUUUUUGAUUAUUUCACUUAAUAUCGCGGUUAUUGCAGGUACAUCACUGGAGAGAACUGUGUUCUGAAUGGAGGUGUUUCCUAUCGAUUGUAG